CUCCUCGGGGCACAGGACAUCAGUAGCUCUCUGGAGCUCUCUAAGGAAGAAUACGAGGAGUCCUCCGAGGAACACUUCGCUGGCUACUCCGAACGAAAAGUUCGUACGAACCAGCAGUACAAACCGGCUACUACGAAAACGAGAGUCAAAAUGCGGCGUACGAGGUACGUUGCAUUGCCGGUACGAGCUUGGCAGUAUGUCGGCCUUCUGGUGGUAUCCCUCGCCUGCCUGACGCUAGGUCUCGUCUCCAGGGAUAAGGAGGGCCGAGCAGGAAGCCUGGCGGGACCCGAAUUAAAACAUCAAGCUCCUCACGAAGUGGAUGCCUGCCCGAACUCGAGCCUUUUCACCAAGAUGCCUUCUUGCUCGAAUUUCGAGCAAAACCAGACCAGGAUUUCGAAGACGACCAAACAAACUAGAGACUACGGAAUUUCCCUCGUACCAACCGAUCUCGGACUGUCCCGAUCUCGAAGCUUGGAUCGUGCCUCCAGGAUACGGUCUCAAUCUCGAGCUGACUUUGCGAGAACAAUGGAGAGACAGGGCAGGCAGAGAAGCAAUAUCGAAUACGAUUCUAGACGUACCGUGGAACCGAGACAUAGAAUCCAAGAUCGUACAAAACGCGUAUCUGAUUCUGCAAGCCGACUGCAGAUCGCUCGAUCGCUCAACUCCAGAACUACGCAGGAUCUUGCUGAACGAAGAUUGCUCGAAAGGUCUACCGACACCGAUAGGCGUCGUCAAGUAAAUAGGCGAGUAAUCGAUUCCCAAGAACGUGAAAACCUUGUACGCUCUAUGGAACGACUGACUUUUACCGCCGAUUCCCAUCGAGAAAGGAACCAAGCAUCUCCGAGGAACGUGGAUAGACGAAAUCGUAUCCAAACGACGAUCAGACGCGACUCUAGACUGCAUCGAGAUCGCAGAUUUUUUACCAGAAUGGAACAACGCGAAACGACCGACGAACGACAAAGUGUUAGUCGAUCGGAUGGUCGUGCGAAUGCGGGGACAAACGAACGACGACGUUCUUUCGUUACGUCGUUAAGACGUUCCGUGGACAAUUUCGAUCGAGAGAGAAACAACAGACUGAACUUGGCUCGCGAACGACGUGAAUCUUCGUCUGUCAGGGCAUCUGAAAUUACCAGCAAUUACUUAAAGGAACAACGAGUUAGGGCUUUGUCCAACGAUCGAAGAUCAGAACGUCGGUCAUUCGUGGAUUCUAGAAGAAACUCAGAAAGGCGAUCUGCGUCCGUCGAAUCUGAAAACCGUGUAGAAGGUAGAGCCGAUCCCAGACUCGUGGAACGGAGAGAUAAUCGUGUCGUUCAUCAACGUGUAGAUCGUAGACUUAGCGAAGAAAGGGUUCACCGUCGUCUCGCAGACCGAACAGCUGAACGUCGACUCAUGGAACGAAGAACCGACCGACGUCUCAUGGAACAAGGAAUUGACCGACUCGUCGUGGAAAGGCGAUCCACAUCCGUCGAAUCUCGAAUCCGCAAAGAAGCCAGAAUCACCGAUCAACGACACAGAGAAAGGCGAUCCGCGUCUAUCGAAUCCCAGAACCGCGAAGAAGCUAGAGCUGAUCGUCAAAUUAUGGAACGAGGGACUAACCGACUCGUCGUGGAAAGGCGAUCCACACCCGUCGAAUCUCGAUUCCGCAAAGAAGCCAGAACCAUCGAUCGACGACACAGGGAAAGGCGAUCCACGUCUAUCGAAUCUCAGAACCGCGAAGAAGCUAGAGCUGAUCGUCAACUUAUGGAACAAAGGGCUGACCGACUCGUCGUGGAAAGGCGAUCCACACCCGUCGAAUCUCGAUUCCGCAAAGAAGCCAGAACCAUCGAUCGACGACACAGGGAAAGGCGAUCCGCGUCUAUCGAAUCUCAGAAUCGUGAAGGAGCUAGAACUGAUCGUCAACUUAUGGAACGAGAAACCAACCGACGUCUCAUGGAACAAAGAGUCGACCGACUCGUCGUGGAAAGGCGAUCCACGCCCGUCGAAUCUCGAUUCCGCACAGAAGCCAGAACCACCGAUCGACGACACAGGGAAAAGCGAUCCGCGUCUAUCGAAUCCCAAAACCGCGAAGAAGCUAGAGCUGAUCGUCAAAUUAUGGAACGAGGAACUAACCGACUCGUCGUGGAAAGGCGAUCCACAUCCGUUGAAUCUCGAUUCCGCAAAGAAGCCAGAACCAUCGAUCGACGACACAGGGAAAGGCGAUCCGCUUCUAUCGAAUCUCAAAAUCGUGAAGGAGCUAGAGCUGAUCGACAAAAAUUGCAACGAAGAACUAACCGAUAUCUCACGGAACAAAGGACUGAUCGACUCGUCGUGGAAAGGCGAUCCACACCCGUUGAAUCUCGAUUCCGCAAAGAAUCCAGAAUCACCGAUCAACGACACAGGGAAAGACGAUCCGCGUCUAUCGAAUCCCAGAACCGUGAAGAAGCUAGAGCUGAUCGUCAACUUAUGGAACAAAGGGCUGACCGACUCGUCGUGGAAAGGCGAUCCACACCCGUUGAAUCUCGAUUCCGCACAGAAGCCAGAACCAUCGAUCGACGAUACAGGGAAAGACGAUCCGCGUCUAUCGAAUCUCAAAAUCGCGAAGAAGCUAGAGCUGAUCGUCAAAUUAUGGAACGAGGAACUAACCGACUGGUCGUGGAAAGGCGAUCCACACCCGUUGAAUCUCGAUUCCGCACAGAAGCCAGAACCAUCGAUCGACGAUACAGGGAAAGACGAUCCGCGUCUAUCGAAUCUCAAAAUCGCGAAGAAGCUAGAGCUGAUCGGCAACUCGUGGAACGAAGAACCGACGCACGACUCAUUGAACAAAGGGCUGAUCGACGACGACUGGCCGUAGAGAGGCGAUCCACGUCCAUGGCAUCUCGAACCCGCGUUGAAACCGGAACUGAUCGUCGACUUAUGAAACAAAGAGCUGAUCGUCGACUCGUGGAACGUGGUCUCACAGGGCAGAGAAUCGAUCGGCGAGACUUGAACUCAAGACGCUCGGUACGACAGACGCUCGACACCGAUAGAUCUCAAGAAACCGGCACUAUGCUUGCUCGUCUUGGAAAUGACAUUCGCUCUAGCCAGAAGGGACAAAGAUUUGCUGACAAAGCCCUGGCAAUUUCUCCAGAUAGAUCUAUAAACGAUAUCGGACGAUCUCGCUCCGUGGAAAGGGAUAUUCGCUCUGCGGAUAGAGAUUCUCGUUCUCGAAGCCAAUCGAUCCAAGAUUCAACCGUUGUUCGAAGAAGAGACCGAUCUCAACAACGGAUUUCCAGGAUCCCCGCCAAUACACGUUCCUUAACGGUACGAGAGAAAAGUCAAGCACGCGGCAAUGAUUUCAUGCCCAGGAUGAAGAUUUUAGGCGCCACGGACUUCCUAAAACAACGAAACUCCGUGAAUUACACGUUUACAUUUGAAAUUAUCCGUCAGGCACUCACAAUUGGACUUUGUACGAUGUACGGAUUAUCCAUUUUCUACGGGAAACGCUCUUUCGUUAGAAUACGACCGUUUGUUACAGAAACUUGGUGAGACAGGGACCGCAAUUUACUAUAUGGUAGACUCUUAUCCUAAGGAAAAACAACGAUCCGCUACUUCCAACACCUGCUUUUAGUCAUUGUUCUAGUGUAAUUUUUCCUUCCACUAUACUAUACCAUCUACUUGCUAUGUACUUAACGAAAAAACUGUAUAUUGGUGUACAGCUGAUAAAAGUAAUCUGCGUAGAGACAGAAAUUUGUCGCAUGUAUUUAAAAAGAUAUAUUUUAUCUGAAUAAACUGGUCAAAUGAAA